AGGAACCGACCCAAACAAGGGACGACUCCCAUGAUGACACCCUCCCCAUCCCUCCCCCCUCAGGCUCCUUCCCACUCUGGGUGGGAAGGUGGUCCAAGCCCUAGAGAGGACAAAAUUAUUUUUGGCUUUAGCGAUAGUUUGACCAAGGAGGUGGGGGGGUGGGGUGCUGAAGGUUUUGUGAGGAUUUCAUUAGAAGUGUGCACUCCCUCAGCCUGGCCCACCUUCUGCUGCUCUGUCCUCCGUCUCCUGGGUUUUGUUUGGCCAGUACAAUGACCGUAGGGAACAUGGAGAAGGCUCAGCUCUUUGAUGCUGGGAAGAAAGGUCGAGGCCUGAGGGCCACCAAAGGGCUCAAAACAGGGGAAGUGGUCUUCGCAGAAGCCAGUUACUCUGCAGUGGUCUUUGAUAGUUUGGCCACCCAGGUAUGCCACAGCUGUUUCCGCCGUCAGGCCAAACUGCACCGCUGUGCUCAGUGUCGCUUUGCUCACUACUGCGACCGAACCUGCCAGACAGCAUGCUGGGAUGAACACAAGCAAGAAUGUGGAGCCAUUAAGAAGACCGGAAAGGCCCCCAACGAGAACAUCCGCCUGGCUGCCCGUGUGCUGUGGCGUAUUCAUAAGGACAAUGGCGUUGCAGCAGACAGUCAGCUGGUAUCAGUGGACCAGCUGCAGGACCACGUAGACGACCUGCCUGAGGAUGAAGUGAAGAAGCUCCAGACUAAUGUGCACAGCUUCCUGCAGUACUGGUCUUAUGGACGGAAGCAGCACUCAGCUGAAUUCAUUUCUCACAUCUUUGGCAUCAUCAAGUGUAAUGGGUUUACUCUGAGUGACCAGCGAGGGUUGCAGGCUGUUGGUGUGGGUCUUUUUCCCAACCUGUGCCUGGUCAAUCAUGACUGCUGGCCCAACUGCACCGUCGUCCUCAACCAUGGAAACCAGUCAGCUUUGAGUUCUGCUCUUCACUCUCAGAGGAGGAUUGAGCUGCGAGCUCUGGGGGAGAUGGGUGAGGGUGCGGAGCUUACCGUCAGCUACGUGGAUUUCCUCAACCUGUCUGCUGACCGCCAGAAGCAGCUGAGGGAUCAUUUCCACUUUGAAUGCAGCUGCAAGCACUGCAGCGAGCACAUUGGUGAUGGUUUGAUGUCUGCAGCUGCAGAAGGCUGCAAGCUCUCUGCUGAUCAGGUGAAAGAGGUUACUGCCUUCAGUAAGGAGAGUCUGGAGAAGAUUGAAAGGUCCCGUAUUGAAGGGGACUUCAUUGAGGUGUUGAAGUUGUGUCAUGAGUGUCUGGAGAAGCAGGAGAACGCCCUGGCUGAUACUCACCUGUAUAAGCUGCGUGUGCUCAGCGUCGCCAGUGAGGUGCUGUCAUACAUGAGGCAGUUCUCUGAAGCUGCAGCCUACGCCCACAGGAUGGUGGACGGAUACACGAAGUUGUACCACCCCCAUAACGCCCUGCUGGGGCUGGCCAUCAUGAGGGCAGGUGUCACCCACUGGCAUGCAGGGCAGAUUGAAAAGGGCCACAGCUUGAUCUGCAAAGCCUACAGCAUCCUGAUGGUCACUCACGGACCCAACCACUCCAUCACCAGAGACCUGGAGUCCAUGCGCAGCCAGACUGAGGCGGAGCUGAAGAUGCUGAAGCAAGAUGAAGAUGUUCAUCACAACAUGAAGGAUGCUGGUCUGAAGAAGUAGCUCAAAGCCGACUCUGCAAACCUUCACUUCUCAUCUUCCUGUCAGGGACAUCCCUGCUGAUAUCCUGAUGCAGCUCGAUCAUUUAAACCUGGUCCUCUGAAGAACUGCAGUCUGUCCCAAGUCUCUGAGUCUCACGUUGUUCAUUAUCUACAAUAAAACUAAGAUACUCGGGCUGUGACUGUUUACACAUUGAUUAUGUCUUUAACAUUGGAGGGUAGUUUAGUUGUUUUGUUGACGGGUUUUUCAUGGAACUAUCCUGGUCCGGUCCUGGCCUGCUUUGUUCACUUCAUGAAGCUGAACUUCUUUCCUUACGGGUGAUGUUGUUGAUUCCACAUUAUUCCACCGAGACACUAAAACGCAGCAUGAACCGACAGUGCUUGGAUCCCUGGCCCCUCCACAUGUUAAAAUGAUCAGACAGUGAACCAAUAUGUGGUUGUAAAACUAACUUGCUGCAUAACGUUCACAGCCUGCUAAUAGAAAUAUUCUGAAACGCAUUCAGAGGUGAAACUAAAUCAGUUAACUGAUGCUUUUUAAGUAGGAAUAUUUUCCCUCAAAAUCCAUAAAUCAUGUUUUCAGAUGACCUAAUUUUUUCCACACCCACCAUC